CGCUGCGCGCACCGAUGAUUCCCCAAAAUGCUGCUUACGUAGACAGCGAACUAAGUUUGGAGCCACAGCCCAUAUCAAUGGACACACAGAUCAGAAAAGUUCAUCUUGGAGACCAGUCAGUUCACAGAGCUGGAAAACUUCUGGGAACGAUGAUAGCAAACGAGCGGAGCUCUCAGACAUCCAAACCGCCUCCAGCCUCACCUGCGGGAAUACCAGUCAGCGCAUCCAAGAGAAGAAUCUCCAGGGUCGGGAGGAAACAGAGCAAUGGAUCAGUGCAGUCUAGUUCAUCCAGUGGUACAACCAGAUCAGCGGAGAGCGUGGGCAUCCGGCAACCGGCGAAGAACAAGAUCCGCCGUCACCAGCAUCGCCUCUCCGCUGUGUUCGGCCGCGGUUCUCGGAGAGGCUCUGGGGAGAUGGCUGCUUCUGGAGAGGAAAUGGUGGUGACAGAGGAUCCUUCUGAGCUAUCAAAUCAUAUCACGGCUCCAGGCAUUCUGAAGAUAUUUGGCACUGAGAUUUGUGAAGGAGCCAACUACAAGAGUGUACUGGCCACAACACACUCCAGUGCCAAAGAGCUGGUUAAAGAGGCGUUAGCCAGAUACUCCCUAAGCAAAGAACAUGCCGAUGACUAUGUGUUAUGUGAUGUGAUUGGGUGUAUUGGAGAUCACCCCUGGAGGACAGAAUGUGUUCGUGUGGUUGGGGACAACGAGAAGCCCCUCCUGCUGCAGUCCCUCUGGAAGCCCAGGGAGGGCUAUGCCCGGCGAUUUGAGAUCCAGCGCAAAGCCUCUGUGGAGGAAAAUAUCUCUAAAGAUAGGGACACCGUGACAGCAGGCAUAAACGCACAGGCACGGAAGUUGCAGAAGACGCGCUCUAGAGGUAAAUCUGUUCCGCUGGACUUGGGUAUAAGUGAUGGUGCAGUGGACAGCAGACACAAUCUUUUUAGGAGUCUAAGUGAGAUGAACUUGCCAGCUGAGGCUCAAAGCACCUGCGGCCACUCCUGUACGGAGGUCCACAAUAACUGCAAGAACCAAUCACAGGGGGAGGAGCCAGAGGCUGAGGCCUACAAAGCAGCACACUGUCAUGCCAAUGAAAGGGAGGAGACGGAGAGUAGCAAUGACAACUCUACACAGUAUUCCAUUCACCCACCCCUCGAAUUCCCGUACUUCCUGCUUCUGCAGGGGUUCAGUUACAGACAGGAUUUUAUCAUCUAUGCACUGAUAGGCAGCAAGACAGUAUUUGGGCACCAGGUUGAACAAACUUGCAAUGAGACUGAGGGCGAUACAGAACAUUUUCAUCUCUGGGCCCCUGAUAUCCUCCAACAGCACUGCUGUGUCCAGCGCUUGGAUAUCCAGCCAGCCCCUGACCAAACCCCAGGAAGGGUCACAUUCCUAAAGCCCCUGAACAGUGCUAAAAUGAAGAGGAACGGAGUCACUAUCACCCAGGAAGUUGAGUUGCAAUCUGGAGACAUCCUCAGCUUGGGCGAUCAUUACCUCUUCAUGUAUAAAGACCCAACCUCUCCUGUGGUCACAACCCCUCCAACAGUUACCCUGCCGUGGCAGGCUCAGAUGUCCCAUACAUGCAAGCUGCCCCCUCUGUGUAAAACGUGUGUACUGUCAGAGAGAGAGAGAAAGUAUAAUGGCUUGCCAUGCUUUAGAGACUCUGAUGGAACAGAGCUGGUUCUGGCUUAUGAUGUGGAACACGAGACCAGAAUCCUGAAGGAGAUAUUUGCCACAAUUGACCAGAAUGAGAAUGCACACAAACUGACCGCAUCUUUCCUGCUGUGCUUAUGUCUCCAGCAGUCUGCCACUCAUUUCUCAAUGCCUGCUCUUCGCAGGCUACUGUUACAGAUAGCCAAUGGAGUUCAAAUAGUCGUAUGGGAAAAGGCAAAGGAACUUGCAGCUUUGCAACCUGAAAUUGACUCAGACCCAGAAGACUUGCCUCCAAACACUGACAAGCUGUUCCAGGCUCUGGAGCCCCUAGUCCUGUGGAUGGCCAACUCGAUCCAGCUCCUUCAUUUCAUCCAGCAGGAAGUGCCUCGUCUACUGCAUGGAAUCUCUCAAGAGGAGGAAGACGAGGAAGAAGAUUGUAUUGCGGUGCUGCAGUUGCGUCUGUCCUCUGUGCGGUCUGCCAGUGAGGAGGCCAUGACGGUCCUGGAGGAAGUCAUUAUGUUCACCUUCCAGCAAUGUGUCUAUUAUCUCACUAAGAUGCUGUACCCAGUUCUCCCAGGCUUGUUGGACAGUAAUCCAUUCUCAGAAAGUGGACAUCUGCAUAUUUCAGAGGACGUGAAAGGAGUCCUUGACAUCUGUACCAAAACACUGCAGCUAGUCAGAGUGUUCCAUGUGCACCCAGAAAUCACUUUGCAGCUCUUCGCAUAUCUCUUCUUCUUCAUCAAUGCUUUGCUCUUUAAUCUGCUGAUGGAGAGAGGAUCAGGAGGGGCAUUUUACCAAUGGUCCUGUGGGGUCAGGAUCAGGGCUAAUUUGGAUCUUCUCAUGGACUGGGCUCAUGGGGCAAGACUGAGUGAUCUGGCACACAGCUACCUUCUCAAGCUCUCCUCAGCUGUCAAUCUUUUGGCCACACCCAAGGAAAACCUUUUACAGAUGUCCUGGAGUACUCUGCGGAUGGAGUUUACAUCACUGAAUCCGGCUCAGCUGCACCAUAUUCUGAGAGAGUAUAACCCACGGCGGUCCUGCCCUGCAGCAUGGACACCCUCUAGUGAUGAGACCAGCGCUGCACUCAGAACCAUUGACAUUCUGGAAGGUUUUGAUAACCAUCCACCUCUCUUCCUCCCUAUUGAUGGCUUUGAGCUUGAGCUAAAAAGACCAAUCAGUGAUAUAGGUCUUAUUAAACAACUGAGCCGAUUUCAAAGGCUGACCAAAAACCUCACUGACACAGAAUCAAACCCACAUUCACCAGAGCCACCUCAGCUUGUCUCUGCAGUGCCAAUGGAGGCCAAGCUUACCAAAAUGGAAGUUCACCCAAAAGCUCAGCUUGAGUUUGGCCAUACAGAGAUAGUGUUUCCUCGUGUUGGAACGAGUGACUUGGGCUCUUGUGAAGCUCUUUUAACAAAAAAGCUUCAGAAUCUCGAGCUGCAGAAUAACAGAGUGAACCACAGCAGUGUGGAGCGAUUGAGGCUGGACCCGUCCUGUUUACUUACCCCACCAAACACGCCACAGAACCUGGAGUCGAUGGAUUCUGAAACAGACUACCAGGAAGCAGAUCAGACCUCCAAAUACCUUGGUGCAAUCAAACAAGAGAAAGGCGAGAGUGAAGAGCAUGAGAUUGGAGAGGAAGAUGUGUUUGUGCUUGAGUUGCAGAGAGGUGCAUGUGGUUUGGGUCUGGAACUGGUGGAUGGAGAGGAAACACCAUUUAAAGUCAGUGGGAUAUACAUCAAAACAAUUAUCCCAGAUUCUCCUGCUGCUUUGUCCCAGAGGCUGAGGGCGGGGGAUCGCAUUCUAGCAUUAAAUGGACUCAGCCUGGUAGGGGUGGACUACCAAAUUGGCAGGGAGCUCAUUCAGAUGUCAGGAGAAAGGACCCGGUUACUAGUUGCCAGAUCUGACAGCACUACAAAAGAAACAAGGACAAAUCUUCAUGCAUAAUCCUCUGCAGCACUUUGAGUUUGAACUCUGCUUUUGGUCGUUGCUUAGAGAUACCUGCAUAAAAAUUGCAUCAAAAUAAACACUUUGUUUAUUUUUUAACAACUAGUUUUAUAUGUACAGAUGCCUUAUUUUAUUGCCAUCAUGUGAUCUUUUAUAAUUGAAUAUUGUGAUUAAAAGAAUAAUUGUAC